GUUUUGUUUUGUUUAGCUGGAAGUCUGCAACGGAAAGUCUGUUCUGCAGCACAUAGGCCAAGCAUAAUUAGGUAAGCUAACAAUGACCAAACGUCAUGGCGGUCCCUAAAUCACCAGCUUCUCUGGUGCUGCGGAGAAGGAAGCUGUUCUUAACCAACACUUUUGAUCAGAUGAAGACCAUUGCAUUUCAAAUAUUUCGUCCCCGCACUCUGCCUCUCCUCCGAGCACGCAUACUAUCACCCAGCUACUUCCAAUCGCAGCCAAGAGUUUGCUUCUUUUCUGAAGCAAAAGAGCGGCAUCGCAACAUGGCCACUGUUUUUCGACUCAUAUUCUACGUCCCAGAGACUCAUGUCGAAGCUUGCAAAGCUGCCAUCUUUGCUGCCGGGGCUGGUAUCUAUCCGAAUAGCUCGUAUAGCGAAUGUUGCUGGACGACGUCGGGGACCGGGCAGUUUCGGCCGGUUGCUGGGGCGAAUCCGCAUAUUGGGACGGUGGAUAAGUUGGAGUCUGUUACGGAAGUGAGGGUUGAGGCUCCUUGUGUUGGAAGGGAUGUGGCGAAGGCGGCUGUGGAGGCGUUGAAGAAGUAAGUUAUAAGCUAUCCGAUGCGAUUGCAUAUAUGAGAGGGUCUGGAAAGCGGAUGAAAAUAAGAUUUUGUUUUUUUCUAGAGCGCAUCCGUAUG